UACGACGGUCUCUCGCCCUUGUCUUGCAGUCGAAAGGCUAUCAAACACUGAGCGCGCACGCUUUCGAGCAUCGAUGACGAGUCGACUCAAUGGGUGCAACAACCAAUCAGGGCCUAGCUUGUGAGCUGUCAUCCGCCAUCCAUGUGCCACAUUCGCACCGGGACCAUGGCUCGCGACUGCCGAAGACCCUGUCCACUGCCUGUCGUUGACGACUGCAUUUCUAGUGGGGCUGAUUUUGCGAACGCCUGCUCGUUCUCUACCGCAUUUACAGAAAGCCAGCCACCUUCGCCGCACACUGGCGCAACACUUUUCCCAAAUAGUAAGUACAACAAAGACAAACGUACGACACGAAAGCAAAAUCGUUCUUUCGUAUCGCCCCAAAUCAUGAAUAUCGCCCCUCGCGUGGUAUUCCCGAACCGAAGCAAAGCCCGUAUCUGGGGUCCAUUCCUUAGCGCCCAAAUAGGUACCGUGGAAUUCCCCACGCAAGUUUAACCAUUGGACCUAGUCUUGGUGUGCCUCGUCCGUUGUCGAAAAUGCAUACAAUGAAAUGCCUGUU